GCAGCUGUGGCUUCCAAGCCUUCGCCUGAAGCGGCCUUGGCGGAGGAUGUUCGCGGGUCUCGGAAGGAGGCUCAGGUCAGCCAUGAGGCUUCCGGAUCCUCGUGUCGAGAGAGAGGAUCCUCGGGGAGCCAGCCUUCGGCAAGCGCCGGCGGGACUGCAGCCGCCGUGUUCACGGACGGGUCGUCGAUAAGUUCGGAGAGCCGCUCAGGCGACCCACCCGGCCCAUACAGACCUGGGCCACAAGUACGUGCAAGAGGCGCUUCAGCUUCCAGUGCAGAUGCAGCGAGCAAGCCGCUGGAAACGGAAGGGAGCAGCUCCAUUUCUUCGUCCUGGGAG